CUGAGAGUCAUUCACGGCUGCCCGGACUCGAACCUCUACACACGGUUCACGGGUCGCUGUCACCGUCGAGGCGCUUUGCCACCGAGUUUCAUUAAAGUGCCUGAAACUCUUCCGACCCUCCCCGGAAUAGGACGAGGGGUCUCCCGGUAGACGACGCGGAGCGGACCGGGGCCACAUGGAAACAACGACAUGUAGUCGGGAACAACGGCGGCGGACUUUAUCGUAGUUUCACCGGAGAAGAGGCGAAGUGAGCGGCGACGCAAACAUGCUCAGCCCGGCCCCGAUGCUGGCCUCCCCGCUGCCACUUCUCCUCCUUCUCCUCUGUCGGACGUGUUUGUGCCAGUACUCCAGCGACCAGUGCAGCUGGAAGGGCAGCGGUCUGACCCAUGAAGGCCACACCAGGGACGUGGAGCAGGUGUACCUCCGCUGCUCCCAGGGCUCCCUGGAGUGGCUCUACCCCACGGGGGCCAUCAUUGUGAACCUCCGGCCCAACACGGUCUCCCCCGCCGCCGCCCGCCUCUCUGUCUGCAUCAAACCCUCCGCGGAGUCCAGCGGCACCAACGUCUACCUGGACCGUAACGGGAGGCUGCGCCUGCUGCUGCGAGAGCAGGACCAGGCUCAGGGCAAGGUGCAAUGCUUCAGCAUCAAGGAGGGGGCGCUCUUUAUCGAGGCCGUCCCGCACACGGACAUCAGCCGGCGGAUCACAUCGUUCCAGUACGAGCUGGUCAGCGACCGGCUGGGGGCGGGAGCACAAUCGCUUAGUGCACCGUGUCAGCCCUGCAGUGACGCUGAGAUGCUUCUAGCAGUUUGCACCAAUGACUUUGUCGCACGGGGCAACAUUAAGAAGGUGGAGCAGGAGGAGGACCACUCCUCUGUCACUGUGGAGAUCAAUCGCCUCUACAGACAGAAGACCCAGGUCUUUGUCUCUGGUGGUGUGAGGGUGCGGAGCUGGACCGGCCGCAUCAAGAUGCCCCUGCGCUGUGGGGUGAGGUCCGGAGGGGGCGAUUUCCUCUUCACUGGGACUGUGAGGUUUGGGGAGGCCUGGAUGGGCUGCGCCCCGCGUUACAAAGACUUCCUGCGGUUGUAUCACGAGGCGCAGCAGCAGGGGAACAACCCCUGUCAACUGGACACUGAUUGACAGGGUUACCUGCCCACGCCUGGAAAUAUGACAAGUCUUCACCGGGUGGUGAUGAGAGCAGAACCGAGCGUUAGAGCUGAGGAGAGAAGAGGCUGACGGACUGGCCCAGCGGCAGCACCUCUCUCCUCUCCUGCUGUCUUGAGACUCUUUGGAAACAAUGGACCCUCAUGCAAUAACCAUUCACAUGAACAGAUUUGUUCUUUAACGGAACAUAUGAGCGAUUUUUGGAGAAAAUGCUGCAUUCACCAAAUUUGCAUAUUUUGAAUUUUCUUUCAGGUACGAACACAGUUUAGAAUGAGAAUACGAGAAUGUUCUUGCAUGAGGGAAAACAAUGCACUUGCAUGUUCGCCAGACUCUCCAUGUUCUCACUGUGGAACAUGAUGCAGGGUGGAAUGUGUUCGGACUGCCUUCCCAGGUUUUAAAUGUAGCAGACGGCGCCGUUUGGUUCCUAUGUGUAUAAAAUGUGAAUGAACGUUGUAUAUUUUGAAGCUCUUGUGUGCUUUGUAAAAAGCUUGUUGUACAGUUCUGAAGUUAUUUCUUAUGACAGAAAUGUAUAAAGUGAAAUCUUCUUAUUUUUAUUUUGUUUAAAAAAUGAUCCACAAUUAAACGCCUGAAUUCAUUCAUGUGCUUUUCAGGCUGCACAAUUGUUUAAAAGAAAAAAGAUAACAAAGAAAAAAACAGAAAAUUCAAAAUGUUUUUUUUUGCUCUUGAGAAUAAAAGCUUAUUCCAGUGAA